GCGGCACCUGACCCCUUUCUGUCGCGCCCGCGGGGCGGCGCGCGCGACACUGUCGGCCCGAAGGCGGGCGGUGCGAGCAACGUUUGUGCGAGCGGACAGAGACGCCGACGAGUGCAGCAGCGUGCCACGUCUUGCGCAUGUUUCUUAUUUGUGUUCCAGGAAUAUCCUGCUCCCCUUGUGAGCAAGCAUGCCUCGGUGUUUUGUGACAGGCUGCAGGAGUGGGUACAACUCAGUGCGAUCUUCAAACGAGAAGAGACAUUUUUUCAGGCCGCCGAAGACUCAUCCCCGCCUUCGCGAAUGGCAGCGUGCGAUUCCGAGGCUCGACAAAGAACUUUCCAGCUCUUGUGUGGUGUGUGACGUACACUUCCAGCCAGAAGACAUCGUUAAAGAUUUCGUGCACAACAUAAAUGGUGAAGUGGUCGCCAUACCACGUGAUAAGCGGGCGUUAAAGGAAGACGCUGUACCAUGUCUCUUUCCGAAUUGCCCGAAAUAUUUAUCAAAGCCCUCAAAGAAGCGCAAGCUACCCACUGUGAGACCAGCUCGUGAAGUUAAGCGCCGCAAGAAACAAAAUGGAGGCGAAAAUGAAAACGCAGUGCCCAAUGAUUCUGACCAUAGUGAACGAGUGCACUCCACGGACGACGCGGUUGCCAUCGAAAGCCCUGCAUCGCUCUUCGACGAGCUUUCGACCAUCGCUAAAGCGGGCGAGCGCGUGGAAAGCUGGUCGACGGAAGCAGUUGAUGAUACGGUUGUGCUGUUCAAACUUGUACUGGAAAACGCUAUUCCUCGCAUUGAAAAAGCCGUAACAAUAUCAAGCGAGCUUGAGCUAACUGUUAGUGCGAACGGCCUACUUGUACCGUCAACCAUCUAUGCCACAAACGCGUCCGUCCGUAACAAUAUCAAGCGAGCUUGAGCUAACUGUUAGUGCGAACGGCCUACUUGUACCGUCAACCAUCUAUGCCACAAACGCGUCCGUCCAAAGGACUUCACUUCGUGACUUGAAAUAUCUGCUCAGCUACACAGACCAAAUGAAACCGUGCGAAGGUAUCCCCGCCAAGCUCUAUCCAGAAAUCGAGUCAUCAACCGUUGCCACGAAAGGCGGCGAGACGUGGAGACGGAAGACAUGUACUGUCAUAAGCUUAAACACCACCUGCCCAGAAUGUAAGAUGCUAAGUAAGCUCUUCAUGGACCGUAUGAAAAAGCGCCAGCACCGAAAACCAAGACAAAGAAGCAUCUGUUUGAAACCAUUGAGUCGCAAAGCAAUACGGGCAACACUUAAAAGAGAAAAACUGAAACAUGAGCUUGCGGUCGUGAAGAACUCCCUUCGCAAUAUCACUGAAGCGAAGAUCGACAGUGCUCGCCAUGUUCUCCCAGCAAAGCAGCAGCUCUUGUUUAAGACAGCUUUGAUGGCAUCGAGGGCUCGGGCCAAAAAAAGGAGGCGGUAUGACGAGUGGCUAAUGACCUGCCUAUUGUUACGGAUAUCAAGUCCAAAAGCAUACACCCUAAUUUCGGACAUGGAACUGUUGCCGCUUCCUUCCAAGGCACGCUUGCAAUGAAUAAUCAGUGGCAUCCCUUGCAGGUUCGGCUUCAAUGAAGUUGCCUUGAGGAAUAUUAAGCUACACUUCCACGACAAGGAUCAGCUUAAACAGUAUGGUGUGUUACUGCUUGAUGAAAUCAAACUGAAGCAGGCUGUUGCAUUUAACAAAGCUUCUUGCAGAAUGGAUGGUUUUGUUGACUACGGUGACCUGAAAGCUGAAAACCCGAAUCAACUCGCAGAUCAUGCACUAGUUCUCAUGUUCGUGCCGCUCUUCCAGGGCUGGGUGCAGCCGAUAGCAAGCUUCGCAACAAGAGGAGCAGCACCUGGAAGGAUCCUUUCAAAGUUUGUAUUGAGCGCCAUCCUUGAGUUGCGCAAGAACAAUGCCUCGGUGCUUGCUGUAAUCAGUGACAGGGCCGGCAACAAUAAGUCAAUGUGGAGUCAUUUUGGGCUGUCUGGAAAGUUACAUUCCGCACGUCACUACAUUGAGAACCCUUGGGAUCUCUCCCAAAAGAUAUACUUUGUCUGUGAUGUUCCCCAUAUCAUGAAGUGCAUCAGGAAUCAUCUA